AUGUCUAUGUCCAUGAAAAGUCAGCAGUUCACCUUGGAGGAAUUCAAAUCAGCCAGUCCAGACGACUUAAGCCCAGCGGCCUUUCUCCAAUGGAUAGACGGCACGUUUAAGGACAAAGAGAAGCUGCACCUGGCUUAUGUCUCAUUAUACAGUCAAGCCAAAAAAUCACCUGUUCCCGAGAUACGAAAAGAUGGAAAGGAGAUGCAACGAAUGUGGAAGGACAGGGGUACUAGCCUGGACAACUACUGGUCCAAGAAUGUGAUCGCAGCUGCCAGGAAUUCCUCCGCAUUGCAGAUUGCAGUGGGUGAGCAACAUCUCAAGGAUGCACUUCGUGGACUCCAAGGCUCACAGAAGCAACGGUCUCAAGAGCAACUCCCAGCACAAGAGCAGGAGCAGCAGCAGGAGCAGGGAACAUCGACAUUAGUGCUCCUUGGGGACGAGCUCAGCUCAAACCUCUCGGAUUCUGAUUUCCAGCCUUCGACGAGCACCAGUGCAAGAACUUCGCUUUUCACAGCCGAUUUCCAUUAG